UUCGUUUUUCGUUUGUUCUUGAUCCUUCGUUUGCCUUUAAUCUGUGCGUCGUGUUCUCGAUGUUCCCUUCGCACCAACUUACUCCCUUCUCCUCUUCCCCCUUCGUAACUAAACAUUGUUGGAAGUGGCUCAAACGAAGCCCCCUGUAAAAGGGGACAGAAACGGAAAACACUCAAUCAGUAUCGACGGACAAAGCAUUCUCUAAAAACUACAUUUUUCUUCAUUUGGAGAGAAGAGGUUUAUUACUAGAAAAGAAAAUGAAUGUUCAUGACUCUUCUGCAUUUUGCGCCGCAACCACCGCGCUGGUACAUUCGUGGUACGUGGAGGAUCUCGAAGUAGUUACGUUUUUACUUGUACCCAUUUAGCUCAGCUCUCGUUACUUGAUUUGGUUCUCUUGGACUGCAGUGUACUCCAUCUUUGCCAAUAAGAAAUUGAUUUGGCGCUACCAGACGCAAUCGAAAUCCAUGACGUCGAGGCGGGAGGGUGCGGGAACUUCAAGAUAGUGGCGCCACCCCAUUUCUCACUUCUGACCAUUUUUGUGGCUACUAUGCCUUAUUUGGUGGCGAGAGUAGAUUUUUUGUAUUAAAAUAUAGUAAUUUACUAACAGUUGAUGUCUGAAAUAUUGAUGCUUUGGCCAGUUUCUGGCUCCGCAAUCAUUUCCUAUAUAUGCGCCUUUUGAAACAUGGCCUUUGAGAUGUGUUUCUUUUACUUAGAGGGGUGCAACCAUCGCUGGGGCGUGGAUGUGGACACCACCUAUACAGCUCGAGCAAUGUUUUCCCCUUUAUUGUACCUUUGCGUGUCAUUCAUAACUGUGGCAGUAGACUCUAGGAGAAUGAUAACCAGGACGAUGAUGCGAUGACGACGGUACAGUGGUGACGAUACCAGGUCGCUACAGCGCGUCGGCGGUCUGGAAGGGAUAUGGCCGCCGCCACCCAAUGUUGCCGGCAUGCCGCGUACCUUUGCGGUACUCUGAAAUUGUUUCCAGUGACUCUACGGCAGAGGCGCGCCGAGGGGCUGCCGGGAAGCCUGACAAACAGUCAGGGAUCUUUGAAUGCUAUCGCGUUCCACUCUUAAAGGCAAUGCUUAAGCGUACUGCAGAUUUUUUUCUCUUUUCUGGUUCCCUCAUAUCGCUUCUGUCUCUUCAUUUGGCAUUGAAACAUUGAGAGAUAAGCAGCGGCGAAAGUAUGUCAAUACUGCCAAUAUCAUCAUAUAUAUAAAUAAUUGACGAAUAUAAUAAUGGUAUACCUACAAUAGACGUCACAAAAACUGCGUGAAGUAGACGUAAUAACUAUCCAAGUAAAGAGUAAGCAGUAAUAGUGGAAUUUUUUAUAUAAAGGCAAUGAGAUUGGAUAGCAACAGGAGGUGUGCACUUUUUGUACAAAAUAAGUAAACAACAGUUCCGCCAAACUGCCGAGCAGGGAGAGCGACAGCUGGGACCUUAUUACUUCCAGUACGACUCAGUGUACCCUAAUUAGCGCGUGCUAAAGAUCAUCUUUCCCCAUGUGGUCGCCUAUACGGAGGACAAAAACGGGUCCUCGUCAGAAACGCCUAAUUAUUUACCUAUAACCCAUAAUUAUAACUACACCAUUUCCCUUGGCACCAGCCGAUACGUCACCCGUCUGCGUGAAUACGUGCAUGGUGACAGUCGCAAACUAUGGUACGUGUAAAUUUCGGAAGAUAUGUCAAGAACCGGGCAGCCGAACGAAAUAUAUUACCAGCGAAUAAUAUGUGUGGAGAAAAAGUACAAAAAGAAUGGUGCCAAAAAGAAAUAAUUAUGGGAAAAUUAGAAGUCAGACCGGUCCAUAUAGCUAAUUAUGAAAGAUGGUAAAGUGUCAGAGUAAAAGUGACCACUUUAAUAGAUAAUUAGGGCAAUGAAGAAAUAGAAAUGAUUUCAGUGGAGAGUAGGGAUACGACAGGAAGCAAGGUAAGUAUAUAAUUGUGCCUUCGUUUCACGUAGAAACUCAAUUUCAGCCCAACAAAAUGCCCCCAUUGGACCGGUGCCAAUACUCCAAAAGACUAACUGCAACAAGUACUCUAAUGCCUAGUCCAAGUUUGCGAAGUGCACUUUCAAGAAGCAUUUUUCUCACAAUUGAAUACCUGAGGCACUAUAAAAUGUAUUAUUCGAUUAGAUAUCAGUGAAGACGCAAAACGGACGUAGCCCUGCUGAGCAACGAAAUAUUUUUUGUUUUUUUUCUUAAUACGGAAAAACCCACGUCGUCUCGGUGCCCAUAUAUUUACUUAAACCGGGUCUAACCAAGCACAGCAACGCCAUACCUUCUUUUUUUUCUGUGGGGAAGGUGAACUCAUAGACGAUUAAUUCUGCCUGUGAUUGUCUGCUUCAAACUACUGCUUCCUUUUGCUGGACUUCAUCUAAUUAGGACCUCCCGCUCUGCUAUACAUGGAAGCCUGGACUCUUGGUCACACAGAGACGAGAAUGUUUGCUCCACCUUCUUUCUAGGUUCCAUGAUGAGAACGGUAGUGCAAGAUAGCCCGGUUGUCAGAUGUGUUGUAAUUUAUAUGUUUGGUUGGGUUUCGUUGCUUUAUUCAGGCCGUUGUUUCUUUCUUCCUAAAGUGAUCGCGAUUUCGUUUGCUUUUAUUUACGUAAUUCUGUAUCUUUAUAAUCUAUACUUUCAAAGGUAUCUUCUCUUUUUUGUACAUUUAAGUGUGCCCUAUUAUUUCAUUAAUUUGCACUAGGUAUUCCUAGGCAGUUUCACAGAGGGUGAAGUGUCCCCGCCACAUGAGGAGUGGCUGCAAAUCCCGACGCCAUAUUUUUACCGUUAUCGGUAAAAUUUUGCCCGGAUUCUCUUUUGUGGGGAAAUUGAGCCGAAAGCGGGCCCUGAAGCCAAUAUUUGAUCAAAGACGGUCCUAAGACCGCCACUGUUAGCGGUCCGAACUCUCGAUUCCUAUCUUAUGCAUCCAUUGUAUUGAGAAAUGUAUUUUUAAUUUCUCUGAUUGCCACCCUUUUAACUCAUUCUGCAGAAUUUUCUUUGAGCGGUCUCAUGUUGCGCCAUUUCGCGCUUUUGUUACUCUUCCAAAUUUAUAGUAACACGUUGAGCUCUACAGUUUGGCCGCAGCCACAGGUUGGGUUUCACUGCACAUCACAAGUUCAGGUCACCUUGGUUUGAAUACUAACCCUGAAGUACCCCCCUUUUGUGUUUUACCGCAUUUUUAUUUAUUUAUUACUUGCCUGCUAUUUUCCCAUAUCUUAACUAUAAUUAUCUAUCAUUUUGUUUCUUGUUUUUACAAAUUGUGCCAUUUGUUGCUAGUCAUUUCAUGUCUCGAUGUGUGGCCUAUCCCCCUCAGGUACGUCAAGAAAUCACCAUCAACAUCAAUAAGAAUUUAUGCUAAGAAAUUGGUAAAAACUUCGCCCACUCUACUCUUCUCUGCUGUUUCGCACGAGUGCGCGCCAUUAUUACGAGGCCAGACAGUUAUGCUGCCGAUGAUGAUGAUGAUGAUGAUGAUGAUGAUGAUGAUGAUCCCAGGCAAUGGCGCAUAUCCAUAACGGCGCAUUGGCCGAAGAAGCGGCUUGGUAGGCAGCUGUUCAUAGAAGAAUAAGAAAAUAAGUGAGUAACAGGUGUAUUGAGAAUAUUAGAGGCUAAAAAUCAUUCAUAAUACUAUAAUGCACUUCAAUAUCAAUUUAACAAUGCAUGAUUUGAAGAAGAAUGUGUUGUUUAGCAGUUCCUCUGCUAAUGGAAACAAAGAAGGAAUUGAAAGCUAGAAAAAGAAGUAAAGAACAUAAUCCGAAGAAAAACAAUGUUUACAUUAUCCUACAUUUCUUUUUUUUUCUUAUUUUGAUAUUGAACUAGCAGGCUCUGGGCCAAUAACACAUAUUGGGUAUGUGCCACUAACAUCUAGGCUCUACAUCUACAUCUACGAUUUCCUUGAAGUUGACAAAAACGAGGAGAAAGAAGAAGCCAUCUUGUGUGGAUCGGAAGGCGAGAGUCCUCAGCCCUUCGUGCUGAGCGUGUGAGCGCGAAGACCAAGAGCCGCGCUGGCUCCGCAGCUCGCGAAAGCCGCGGGCGUCCCGAGGCCGAAGUCUGUUCCGAGCCUGGUGGUCGUCACGGAUCCGGCAGCACCGCACAGGAAAGAGUCGACUCACACACUCCCUUUUCUGGUGAGACUAAGGUCGCUGCAUUACCGGCCCUGGAGUUCUUUCCAGUCCCUUCGUCAGACGCCCCUUCGGAGAUGCUCCUACCGAACGCUGGCAGCGCGCACGUGAUUUCCGCGGCGCUGACCCCACUGCAACAGACUCCAUCGAUACCAGGGAAAUCUGCGCAUCCGCGAGGCGCCAGAAAAGACAGCAAAGAGCGGCAUUCUAAACACAGGUUGUACCGCAGAAAGAGCUCCAGCACGCGAAAUGCCGACACGACCACGUCAUCCGCCUCCCAGCGAGCGCCGUCCGGGAACGACCGCGAUCACAGCAUUACCGCUCAUCGUGAUGAUCCUUCAGGGCUUAUUUUCCCACAGUCAGAUUCCAAAGAACGGCUCUCCGCUUCCUCCACUCACGCAAGCGCACCAAAGCGUAAGAGAGCGUCUAAGCCUAACAGGAGCAAGGGAGCUGGCCCUGAAGGGAAAGACGUUUCUCACCACUCGUCCAGCGAUCCUGCUGCCCAAACGAUGCCCCAUGGAAGAUACGGACGACUCGCUGAAGAACCAACCAAUGAGCCCGUUACUAAGAUCGGUAGUACAAUGGACCACACAGCGCAGAUGUCAUUUCUAGGCCGAGGUGCCGCUGGGUCAAAAGUCACUGAAGAGCUGCCGGCCUCUAGAUACGCGGAGCAACAGGCAACCGAAGGCACUGUCCUACUGCCGACGUACACUACCGAUGUGAUCAUGAAAGGUGGCCUUGCUGGGGCCAAUGAUGCAACCCUUCCGAACAGCGCAAACACAAGGGACGACGCCCGGACUGUCGAUACGAACAAGCCACGGAAAGCUGGAGCACACGCGACCCAUCCUAUUGUCCGACGGAGGUUCACUGCUACCGGUGUGUUGUGCGGCGUGUUCUUCGUCGUCUCUGUGGCCGCUGCCUCUAUCGCAUUGGUGCUCCUGACCCACUGCGAUCCCACCGAACAAGUCGCGUGCAUCGAGCCUCCAUGUGUCGCGGCCAGGAUGGACCUGUACGCCCUUCUCAACGCCAGUGCAGACCCCUGCGUCGAUUUCUACAACCACGUGUGCGGGCACUGGGUUGACCGCGAGACCGGAGGCAGCUUCCACGGCGACAGCGUCAAGGCGUCUCAGGUCAAGUUGCAAGAUGCCAUUGCAUCAGACCGGCUGCAAAACUACGAGAGAGAAGGCGCCAAGGUGCUCAGCCAGGUUUACACGACUUGCGAGCGGUACGUGGAAGUCGAGACGAUGCUUGCCGACGCCCUCGACGCCGCGGAGGCCUUCCUGCGCCUGUCGACGCUUCGACGAGCCGACAGCAAAACCCAAGUCGCCGGGUUUCUCAUGCGCACCUGCCUCGAGACUGGGUUGUACUCUAUGGUCUCAAUGAUGAUAGUCCGGGAUGGAGCUGAAGAGCCACUGUACGUCACCCCGGGGUCAUCCCUUAACAAAAGGUUCUUUAGAAAUAGCGACAGCAAGGGCGCCAUGAUGAGUCACAGCAACUCUUGGCGUCUUUUGCAUCAGGUGAUUGAAGCCUUCCCCGACGUGAAGAAUGCCACGGAUGUCACGCAGGUGCUCUACUGGCUCGAUGCUGACUUGGACAAGGCGUUAGGAACACGCGGCAGGUCCGUUGUAGAGCGUGCUCCCUUUGACGUCGCCUUUCAAGGACUCGUCGACGGUGUCGCGUUCCCUGAGUGGCUGAAGGCGGCCAACAUCAUUCUUCCUGCCUGGAGGGCACUGGGGCGUCGAGGCACCGUACUGAUGAGAAACGCGCACAUGGUCAAGCACGUCUUAAGCGUUCUCUUCAGUAAGGGCGCCCGGACCGCGGCGCUUUAUUUGUCUGCGUACUUGGCAUCGUACGUGGCUACCAUGGAAAACGACAAGCGUCGAGUUCGGUCAGGCGAGAUGAGCGUGGCGUGGCUGUGCCUAAACAGGGCCAGCGAGUGCCUUACCAGGACGUGGCCGCAGCUGGUAGGCACACUGGUUCAUGCCCGUGGCAGCGUACAGCUUCUCGAAGACAUGUUCACCACAAUCAAGAAGGCAUCGAUGAGUCGCAAGGUCUUCACGUGGCUCGGCGAACGAAGUCGUGGGUUAGCCAGUCAGGAAAUUGCCAGCACGCCGGCGGUCAUCCAAGAGCCGAUCAAUCCGAAGACUAAUUACAGUGGUCUGAACAUCGGUGGAGGAGCGAACAAUGACUCACUCUUCACGGAGGGCGACGCCCGCGAGCGCUCUUUCGUGUCCAAGUACCUGUUGGCACGACAGCACGACCAGCGGGUUCGCAUGGUGAGCCCACCAACCGUAAGGGAGCUGCAGAGUAUACGUCAGGGAUACACUGGCGACGUGGCUUACUCGCGACGCGAGGGCGUCGUUGUAGUGCCCGGCCUCUACCAGAUGGAGCCGUACAUGUACGACUCGGGCGUGCCUUCCUACUUCAACUACGGCACGGUGGGAGCUCUCCUGGCAAUCCAGGUGGCGAUUAUAAUGCACCCCGACUACGCUGGGUUCAGGCACGGCGAGUCCUGGUGGGCCAGGGACACCCACGACAGGUACUCCCGCCGCAUACGGUGCCUUGUCGACCUUCACUACCGGCUCGGUUUCAGAGAUCACGUGGCUGAAUCUCCUCAGGAGCAGCAGGCGACCAUGUACGCCAUCGUCCAGGGCCUGCGACUCGCCUUCGAUUCCAUGGCCGCAGACUUUCAAGACCACGCCCCAAACUACGGCAUCUUCAGCGCCCACUGGCCCGAGGCGACGCGCAUCUUCUUUAUGCGCUACUGCCUGCUCUGGUGCAGCGCCUCCCAGCGGCCCAAUCCGCUCACGCCGCGCGAGAUGUGCUUGCUCCCGGUGCACAACAUGCCGGAGUUCACUGACGCCUUCGGGUGCUCCGACAGCGCGCGCUACGUCAAAGGACGCUGCCGAAUGUAGAGUUGCGGUGUGAAGUUCACGACCAGCUGACAUCGCCACGGUGUCGACCUAUGUAUAUAUACUUUAUCCAUUUGUGAACGUUUUGCUUACCAUGUGCAUCUCUUGAGGAGUGGCGUGUUAUGUACGUAAUUUUCUUUUUCACUCGAUGAAAUGCUCUUCCAAUUGUUCAUAUCGUGCAUCAGUGCAUUUUUUAUGUGGCUAGUUUCUCACUUCCAGCCAACAUGCAUAUUAUGAUAUUGUCUGCAUGGGACUUAUCAAAAUGCCCGUAUUUAGUGCGCCAACUGCUACUUGUGCCUGAGCUGUACACGGCGCGUCCAAACCAUUCACAUGCUUUCGUACUAAAGUUAGUAGAUCCUCAGUGCUAAGACAAACUGGCAGGAAAAUGAAACCGUGCGUGUUACGACCAUACAGCGAAGGCAUACGAAAGAAGUGCGAAGUAAGGUAAAAGUAUGGGCAAAGUCAUGGGUCAUCCUAAGUAGGAUUAAAGUGUAUAACGUAAAUGUUAGUAUACAGCGGUGCUUUUCUACUUUUACAUAGCAUUUUCGUUUUUUCAUGACACAGUCCUAUUCAAGUGUUAUUUCUGCGGUUAAAAUCGGUUGGAAGUCAGCGCUGGCCGUGUCAUUUCUUGUUUGUUGUCUCAGUCUCUCCGUUUAGGCUUUCGCUGUAAGCCUGUCUAGGAGGACGAAGCAGGGCGUCACUGUGAAACACUAUAAGGAGAAAAAUAAUUUCAGCCUCAGUAUAGUUGUUUACCCUAGUGCAAUGCCUAGAAAUAAGCCACUCUUCCCUAGCGAAAACUCUAAUACAAGUUUGUAUUUGUCUAAUACAGUUUUGCAUUAGUUGUAUAAGUUUUGCAUUAGACAUUAGACCAAUAUAAAUGUCGAUUAGUCGUGCUGAUGUACCUGUAAGGGCAAUAGGCUCUGUUUAUUAGACUUAUUAGUCUUAUACAAACAGUCUUGGGUGUCUACUAGUUUCUCCAUUAGGCUAAUAGGUCCUUUGGCCUUAUAUAGAUUGUUGCCGCUCUGUUAUACAGCAUGUAUAUAUUGCUCUAUUCCGCAGCUCUUCUUUGCUAGUGAAAGUUGAAUUAGACUAUGGGACCGUUUCCUUGCAUGAAGAUGUGUGUCCAAUUAAUCGCUGAAUCAUUAAGAAUUCUGCUGUAAAACUGUGCCACACACAGCUGCGUUCGCACGUUUGCGUUAGUUUCAGCGCACUAACCUAGUGAAACUGGCCAUCUCCCAGCGACAUACACGAAAACGACGCGCGCCUACAUGGUUUUGUCAAUUUUGCUUCACUGACGACGUUUCGUAACUAGGCCUUUGUUCAGUCUCGUCGCGAUGAGUCGUUGAGGAAACAGCUAGCACAGCGAAUACUUCCCCACGAAAAAAAAAAGAAAAAAAGUAGAACAAGGCUGACUAGCGCUGUCGGGUGGGCUUUCGAAUGAUGGUGCAAUAGCAGCAACAUUGUUUGUUUGCCAUUGAAGUUUCGUCAGUCCCGUAUUUUAUGAUUGAAGUGCGCAUAAAGUAAAUGUUAAACUUGUAACCUGCAUUGCCACCUUGAUGCCGCAUAUAAGAGGCCUUAAUAUUUAUUGACAUCGAAGAUCAGUAUCGCCGAGAAGGGAACACGGCGGGCGGGAAGAAGACAAACCUGCGACGGCAGUCAGCCGUAGUUGGGAACAACACGUGCGCAUUGGCGGCGGCUAUGUCAAGGUGAGGCGUCAUGCGAGGCGUGCGCGUUUGUUAGUGAAUGAACGAUGUGUUUUUAAGGAAUCCGUGGGUGUUAGCACCUGCGCAAUCUUAUUCGUGCAGUAGUACAUUUGGAUAGUUUCAUCCGUGGAUGCUGUUGUGACUUCAAUAAGAACGCAAGGCAACUGUUUUUACCCCCUGUGCUUCGCGGCUUUGUGGACCUAUCGGCGGCCAUCGAUGUGCAGCAUUUUCCCCGGCGCCGAUUAUACCUAUUGGAGGUAAUUAUUACUAUUAUUUAUGCUUCUAUAGUUAAGCGUAAAGUUGUUUUCCUCCUCUUUUUUUUAUCCCAACGGUGGACGUGCUUCUCUACACCGCGAUCGGGCCGAUUGCUGUGCGCACUGCAGCAAUGACAUGCCUGUUUCCGACAAUGCUGUGCAAGAUUUCUGCCUAGAGUUGUUCCUUAUCUGCCUAUGGAGUUUCGAUGUAACACACAUCUUAUGUUGAUUUUGUGUACAUUGUAAAUGUUCCGUCGUGUCAGGUGGCGUCAUUUUUCAUUAUGGUAAACAUUUAGAAUAAGCAUAUCACACCUUGUCCUAAAAUUAGUUUGGUAAUUGCGGAGCCACAUCAUUCGAAUUUCGAAACAAAUAUUGCCAGCUUAAACGUUUAGUGGAUAGAACUAGCGUCCCUGCUUUUAAAUGUUUCUAUAUGUGUGUAUUUUUGUGCCCAGGCUUUUUAACCACUUCCUCAAAAAGACGUCCUCUGGCCAAAGUCGACGAAAAGCUCUG